AGUUUUCUGAGUUUUCCAUUAGCUUUCAAUAUUUCAGAAAUUUUUCUAGCAUUUUGUUUUCCAUUUUUUCAUUUGAUUUAAUAUCUUAUUUCAGAUCCUGUAUUCCUUCUUUUUCGAGUGGUUUAACCUGCAACAUAGCGUUUUCUUCUUUUCAACCGAGAGAUUCAAAAUGAUAACAUCGAGGAAUAAAUUGGUCAACUUUGAUGCCUUUGCAAAGACAGUGGAAGAUGCCAGAAUUAGAACUACUUCUGGUGGAAUUGUAACGUUGGUUUGCUUUAUCCUUGUGGUUUGUUUGAUAAUCAAUGAUUGGAAUGAAUUUAGAACAAUUGUCAUAAGACCCGAAUUAGUUGUCGAUAGAGAUCGUGCAAAGAGAUUGGAUAUUAAUGUUGAUAUAACUUUUCCAAAUCUACCUUGUGAUUUAUUGACUUUGGAUAUAAUGGACGUUAGUGGUGAACUACAACUAGACGUUGCUCAAUAUGGGUUCAAGAAGAUAAGAUUGGAUUUAAAUGGAAAAAAUAUUGCUUCAGAAGACUUGCAAAUUGGAUCUGGAGAGUCAUAUGAUGAUUCGUCAACUGAAGUCAAGCCAAACCAAAACCAAAACCAGGGUAGUUUUGAUGAUGACCAACUUUUGGAACAAUUCUCUCCUGAGUAUUUAAACAAAUACAAUUUAGAUCAUGAUUACUGUGGUCCAUGUUUUGGGGCAAAAGAUCAAUCCAAUAACGAAAAAGUUGAAAACGAGGAAGAAAAAGUAUGUUGUCAAACUUGUAAACAAGUUAAGGAAGCCUAUGCAGCAAAUGGAUGGGCAUUUUUUGAUGGUUCAGAAAUAGAACAGUGUGAAAGAGAAGGCUACGUAACUAGAAUCAAUGAAAGAUUAAACGAAGGUUGCAGAAUCUAUGGUAAAGCAAGUAUUAACAGAAUAGCAGGUAAUUUGCAUUUUGCUCCCGGUGCAUCUCAUUCUGCUCCAAUGAAACAUAUUCAUGAUUUGUCUCUUUUUGACAAAACAAAACGGUUUUCCUUCAAUCAUGUAAUCAACCAUUUUUCGUUUGGUGAAGAUCCAGAAAGUUCAAUUAAGGCCUCAUUGAAUCGGUUGAAAACCAUUCAAGUCUCGUCCCAUCCAUUAGACGGUUUCAAAUCAUUGAAAAAUGAAAGGUAUCAUCUAUAUUCCCACUACUUGAAAGUUGUUUCGACAAGAUAUGAGUUCCUAAAUAGCACGGUGUUGGAGACUAACCAAUUUUCCUCCACUUUCCACGACAGGCCCUUGAAGGGUGGAAAGGAUGAAGAUCACCCUCACACUUUGCACGCCAAAGGUGGUAUCCCAGGGUUGUUCUUCCACUUUGACAUUUCUCCACUCAAAAUAAUCAAUAGAGAACAGUACGCCAAAAGCUGGGGCUCCUUCUUGUUGAGUGUUUGCUCGGCCGUUGGAGGAGUUCUUGCUGUUGGUGCUGUCAUCGACAGGACUGUAUGGGAAGCUGACAAGGUCCUCAGAAGAAAAAAGGACACUUGAGCUGCUGAAUCCCCAGUCCUAGCCAUAUACUUCCUCUCCAACAUGAUCGAAUUCCUGAAACAGAGCUGGACAUUAACCGUAGCAUGCGCAUUAACUCACCCUCUGCAUAUACACACACCCAGCUGCAUACCCACAAUGGUGGACUGUUACCACGUCCACGGCGCGGAGGAGGCAGACUCAGACUGUUUUUGAAGUGGAGCAUUUUUUGGUCUUUUCCAAGAGAAAUAUAAUCAGCUUUUGUUCUGUUGUUAGUAGUGCCAUCUUCU